AUGGGCGUUGAUUCCAACAGCUCGAAAAACCCUCCAGACCAGGCAGAGGCCGAAACGGCGCCGCCUCCAGCUUAUACUCCAUGGGCGACAGACUCGGUGGAUCAGCCCACUCAACAAGACUCGGCCCGAUCGAUACCCCAGCCGGCAGAGUACAUGCGGCAGAAUUGCGCUCAGCCUGUGCAGUACCAAAAUCAGCCAUCACAUCCACCAGGACCACCACCACAAUGGAAUAGGUCUACGCAGUAUACACCAUCCAGCACCUACCAGGAUAAUUACCAGAAUAGGUACCAAAGCCAAUACCAGAACGGACAAUAUCAGAGGUACCAGGACCAGUAUCAGAACAGACAGUACCAGAACUACCAGGACCAAUAUCAAAAUGGGCAAUACCAGCAGUACCAGCAGAACUACCAAGACUUCCCAUAUCAACAAUACAUCCCCCCAGCCCGCCCCCAGCAACAAAGCCAGUAUUACUCGCAACCGCAGCCGCCACUCCAACGACCACUUCAGCAGGGACUGAAACCAUGUGUUAUUCCUCAGAUAACAAAAGUAUUCGGUGGAUCCUACAUGAGUCCCUUCGUCCGCGUCCGCGUUCCAGAACUAGAGCAACAAACCGCUCUAACACCAUCUGACCUCACAACCUUCAUCGACGGCCUCAACGAAGCAUUCCUCGGAAACCCAGCCCUCCAAGCCACAAAUGCCGUUGGAAGUAUCAUCGGCCUCGUCCCCCUGGGAACAGCCCAGAUAGUCGGCGCAGGACUCAACGCUGGUGCCGGGCUUGCGACAGCCGGAGUAUCCAUCGCACGCACAAAAAGCUACAUGAAGACAGCCAACGAGACAAUCUUCAAACCCAAGGGUCUCCAUGUGCAAAUUAGCAAGACAGACAAGAUGCUCUCGCAGAUUGGCAUGCCGAAUGACGGCGCGGUCUUCGCGCGUCAUCAAUACCGCCGCAUUAUGGAUGCGCCGGCAGAUGAGAAUCCUAUUACGCAGCGCAUGAGUGUGCUCGGGGAUCGGGUUAUGCGUCUUUCGUUCGAGGGCGUAAAUGCGCCCGUGUCACCGGAUAACUGGAUGAAGAAGGUUGGGUCAUUUUCAGCGCAACGGGCGGAGCAGAAACAACUACGGAAGUUGGGGAAGAAGCAGGCUAAGGCGGAGAAGAGAUGUUGUAAGUCUGAUCGGAAGAAGGGCAAAUUUGAGAGGAAGCAAGAGGAAAUUGAGGAGGAGAUUGAUGAUUUGAAAGGCGAGAUUGAUGAUGUUAUGGUUCAAAUUCAAAGUUUGGGUCCUGAACAGCAGGGGAAUGAGAAGAUGCGCAGGGAGCUGAAGAAGGAUUUGAGGGAUCUGAAGAAGGAUCUGCGGGAUGCGGAGGAGAAGUAUGAGGAUUUGAUGGAGAAGGUUGAUAGAAGGGAUCGGAGGGAUGAAAAGCAUGGCCGAAGACAGAUGAAAGAGGCGCAGAAGGUGAACAAGAUGUUGUGGAUUGUUAUUUUGCCUGAUGUGGGGAGCUAUGCUGGUGAUGAUGAUUGGGAUUCUGAUUCCGAUGAUCCACGAAGCAUGAAAAAAGAGUGA